CUACUUUUUUGAGUAUAAAAGUCAAUCCCUCCGAUUUUAUCUAUGACACCAGGAAAAAAUGUGUAGGUCUACGGAUUAUUACAACUUCCGGUGCGCCGAUCAAAACCUAUUAAAAAUCAAAGCUUUUUUCGUUCGGCUAUCGGGUUUUGAUUCUUGUAAGGGUCCAUUAUCCAAUUCACUCACUCUGCUCUUCCCAAUAAGAAUCAACGAAUCGGCGCUUGAAGUUUCCGGAGCCACCAUGCGGUCUGAUUCCUCCGCGUUAUUGGUUCUCCACCGGAUGGUUAACGUGAGGUCUCGGAACGGAGAAGCAAUAUACGGGAGCCGGGAGCGGGUUCGGGUCGGUGAUGGGGUCGGGUUCGAGGUUUAUUCGGGAGAGGAGAAAGUGUUGAAAGGGAUUUUCAGAAGAGAGGAGGAGAAGUGGAAGAUGAAGUGCAAGUGCGCUCUGGAGACGAGGGACGCGAAAACGGUCGGAGGUGAAGGGGCGGUGGCGGAUGUGUGCGUGGAGGUGGACGGAGACGUGGCGAUGGGAGAGAGGGUCGAGAUGGUUGCGAGGAAGAAUAGGAGGGUUGGUUUUGAUCGGCUAGAGGAUAUUCCGGAGGAGAGUGAAUUCGACGGCGUGUGUUGUUGCGAGUGUGCAGAAGCGUACGGUGGGGGUAUGGAAGGAGAUUGUGGUGGGGCGGAGGAGAUGUACGGGUGCGGCGGAGGAAGUGAGCUGGGCCUUUGACGUGGGCAUUUGGGUGAUGUGUUUGGGUGUUGGGUACUUAUUUUCCAAAGCAUCUGCCAAAACUCUAAGGCGCAUGAGAAUGCUAUGACACCCUCUUCGAAGGAAGGGCAGCCCAACAUCCACUAGGGCUAUCACUCGGGUUCAACCUUUGUAUAUUCUUACUCAAUUUUGGAACUGGAAUUUCAACUCAUUCUUACCGAGGUUCAAUUAUUUUAUGGCAAAUUAUGUAUUUAGUAUUCAAAUUAUCAGUUUUGAUUUGUUUUAGU